ACCACCACAUCUCUCUCUCUAUCUAUCUAUCUAUGGAAGCAGUAGGAAACUUUGAUCUCGAAAGCUCCACCAAUUUUACAAAAUUGCCAUCCUCUCAAUGGGGUGAUCAGUUCCUCAAAUUUUCCAUCGCUGAUUCGGAUUUUGAUGUCCUUGAAAGGGAGAUUGAAGUACUAAAGCCUAAAGUAAGAAAGAACAUAUUCAUGUCGUCUUCCAGAGACAAAGACGCAAUGAAAAGGACAAUUCUUUCUAUUCAUUUACUGGACAGUCUUGGUCUCUCUUAUCAUUUUGAGAAAGAAAUCGAAGAGAGCCUCAAACAUGCUUUCGAGAAGAUAGAAGAUUUGAUCGCUGAUGAAAAUGAAUUGUACACAAUCUCCACCAUCUUUCGAGUUUUCAGAACAUACGGUUACUACAUGUCUUCGGAUGUUUUCAACAAAUUCAAAGGAGACGAUGGUAAAUUCAAGGAAAUUUUAAUAGAAGAUGUCAAGGGUAUGCUAAGCUUCUACGAAGCAGUGCAUUUUGGGACAACGACUGAUCAUAUAUUGGAUGAAGCUUUGAGCUUCACAUUGAACCACUUGGAGUCACUAGCUACAGGUCGUAGAGCGUGCCCACCACAUAUUUCAAAGCUAAUUCAAAAUGCUCUUCACAUACCUCAGCACCGGAACAUCCAAGCUCUGGUUGCAAGGCAGUAUAUCUCGUUCUACGAACACGAAGAGGAUCGCGACGACACACUUCUCAAGCUAGCCAAGCUCAAUUUCAAGUUCUUGCAGCUUCAUUACUUCCAAGAAUUAAAAACCAUCACAAUGUGGUGGAGGGAAUUAGACCAUACAUCAAACUUUCCACCUAACUUCAGAGAGAGAACUGUAGAGACUUGGUUUUCAGCAUUGAUGAUGUACUUUGAGCCACAGUUUUCACUUGGGAGAAUUAUGUCGGCUAAGUUAUACUUAGUAAUUACAUUUCUAGACGACGCUUGUGAUAAACAUGGUUCAAUUUCUGAUGUUGAGAGCCUGGUCGAUUGUCUGGAAAGAUGGGAUCCGGAUUACAUGGAAAAUCUUCAAGGUCACAUGAAGACUGCCUUCAAAUUUGUGAUGUAUCUUUUUAAAGAGUAUGAAGAAAUAUUGAGGUCACAAGGAAGAUCCUUUGUGUUGGAGAAGAUGAUAGAAGAGUUCAAGAUAAUUGCUAGGAAAAACCUCGAACUUGUCAAAUGGGCACGGGGAGGUCAUGUGCCUAGCUUUGAUGAGUAUUUAGAGUCUGGUGGAGCCGAGAUUGGUACAUAUGCCACCAUAGCAUGUUCCAUCAUGGGACUUGGAGAGAUUGGUAAGAAGGAAGCUUUUGAGUGGCUAAUAUCUAGACCAAAGCUCGUUCGGACUUUAGGUGCAAAGACCCGUCUCAUGGAUGACAUAGCCGACUUUGAGGAGGAUAUGGAAAAAGGUUAUACUGCAAAUGCUGUCAACUAUUACAUGAACGAAAACGGAGUUACGAAAGAAGAAGCCAAUAGAGAACUUGAAAAGAUGAAUGGAGAUAUGAACAAGAUUGUAAACGAAGAGUGCUUGAAGAUAACUACCAUGCCACACCGAAUUCUUAUGCAAUCCGUCAAUUAUGGACGUUCAUUGGAUGUUCUCUAUACCGCGGAUGAUGUCUACAACCACCGCGAAGGAAAACUCAAGGAAUAUAUGAGCCUUUUGCUCGUAGAUCCCAUACUUCUUUAAAGAGAGCUUGGGAUGCAUUAUGUUUGUUACUUUUGGUUUUCAAUCUCCAGUAAGAAAAUCGUGUUAUGUGAUUUGCGGUUCAAUUUGAUCAUAAGGGUUGUGUGAUUGAUCAUAUAUUAUCCCUAAAAUAAAAUGUUGACGUGUUU